AUGGGUAGCUUUGACUGGCUCUCAAAAGUCGGCGCGACACCGCAGGCCGUAGCGACACUCAACGACCAGCCAGAUCUGUUCGUCAAGCUCAUUCUCGUACUCGUUGGCCUCGGACUGCAGUGCCUUCUCAUCUGGUACAUACAUUACGCUACGCUUAAGCCGUCUCAAAGAAAGAAGAAGGAUACAAAGAAGGGUGGCGCUGCUGCGAAGCCCGCUGCUUCUGCUGCUGCUGGAGGAGGUGGUGGUGCUGCCAAGGAGGCGCCAAAGUACGACAAUCCAAGAUUAUAG